AUGGGCGACAAGACUGAAUCCAAGUACGCCAUCCACGCGGCCGCGCGUGAAGGCCGGAUCACCGAGGUUGAGUCGCUUCUGAAUGCCAACCCAAAACUAGCCCAACUCAAGGACGAUGACGGCCGCCUGCCUAUUCAUUGGGCAGUCUCAUACAACCACCCCGAGAUUGUUAGCUUGUUGAUCAACCAAAAGGGGUUUGACCCGGAUGCAGAGGACGACAGCGGCUGGACGCCGUUCAUGAUCGCGGCAAGUGUUAAGGACGCCGACAAGGUCGCUGACAUUCUGCUCGCCCGGGGCGCCGAUGUAAAUCAGACAAACAACAAUGGCCAAACAGCCCUCCACUUCCUAGCCUCCAAAUCCAACCUCGACCUCGCCCGCAAACUCCUUGAGUCCCACACCCCGGCAGCCUCGACCCGCGUCCGCGACAACCGUGGCCAGUACCCGCUGCACCGCGCCGCAGCCGUCGGCUCUGUACCUCUCAUCACCCUCCUCAUCAAGCACCGCAGUCCGCUCAACGCGGCCGACUCGGCGGGACAGACACCGCUGCAUCAUGCUGUUGCUGAGGGGCAUGGUGAAGCGGCGGUUGCGCUGUUGAAGGCGGGUGCGGAGACGGAUAAGAAGGAUGUUGAUGGGUUUUUGGCGCUGGAUUUGGCGCCGGGGAAAGAUAUCAAAACUUAUAUCGAGCGCAAGGCAGAGGAGGAGGGUAUCGAGCUGUGA